AUGAGACCCAAUGGAUAUUUAUAUCCGCCGGCAAAGAAGAGGUCUAAUGAAGACAUUGUCUGUUGUGUUGUCGAAAAAACAGGCGACGAAACGAGAACCUCGAUGAGACAAAGCGAAAUUUAUGCAUACAGUCCAUCUAUCAGAAUUCGUGAUGGCUACAUGGUUAUGCCAAAAUGGCACUGGAACGCCUACAAGCAAGGCGAUUGGUUUCUAGCGGUGCCUUCUUACGCUGUUGGCUCUCAUGAGGAAGAAAGAGACGAGCGGGAGCUGACAAACCUUCGGAAAAUUAAUCCAAAUGACUACGCUAAAUACAAAAUUCCACCAACAAACGUUGAAUUUGGAUUUGUCAAAAUUAAGUGUCCAUUUGUUGUGUGCCCGGAGUUCAUUCAAAAUAGAGAGACGAGAAACUCAAAUGGAACUUAUAAAAAACUCCUUCUACUUGAUAUUGGUCAAGGCUUUGUCUGCAAUAACAAUCGAGCAUUCAAAAACCUUUCCCCGGAUCAGAUAUACAUGGGCGUAUUUGAGUUCCGCGCUAAAGAUAACGGUGCAUGCAACUUCAGUCAUCGCUCUAUUAUCCGUGAUGCCACCAACCAUGUUUAUGAACGCGAUGCAAUGUGGGAGCUUAUGAAGAUUAUGCCUGGCGAACAUGGAAAAGUACAUAGUUUCCAGAUGAAUGAAUGGCUUGAAAAGUUAAAAAAGGACGCCGAAGAGUUUGAUGCUAAGCUCGAGCAACAAGGAGUUUUCGGCGGUCAGAGAAGAAUGGCGGCACACUCAUUGUUGGAAAACCCGAGAGAAGACGAUCCAGUUAACGAUGUAACUAUGAGGACAUUCGGGUUGUCGCUUUCGAAAUCGAAUCGAUCACAGCGUCACUAUUACGUUGAACAGUUCCAUGCAGAAUCGCUGCAUGACCAACGUCCUUCUCUUGCUGCACCCACCGGAGCAUCAGAAAACACACACGAAUUCAGCAGUGUUGUCGAGCUUGAAAAUCAUCGGAGUCAAACUAUCAUUCUUCUAACAUGUAUUGGCGAGAAUGGAGAGAAGUAUGAGAAGUGGUACGACCGAGAGACCAAACAAUCCGCUACAGAGCCCGAUUUUUUGUACUACAAAUUCAAUUCUCGCCAUGAAGUCGCUGUCCAACAGAGUCUCCAGCCGGCGGUUGCUCCAUCAGUUCGCAGUCGCACACUUUCAGAAAGUUCUUUCCGUACAUACCCUGGUCGGCCGGUGGCAACAUCUACACCUCGUCCAAGUCCUCCUCACAGCCCACCAGCAGCUGAAGCGUCAUAUCCAAACAAUCGGCGUUUCUUUGAAGAUUCUCAAUACCGAACAAUUAAUGCAGAAGAAGAAGAAACUGAUGAAAACCAUGAUACCCUCAACGAAACAUCGAACACUACUUUGAUGCUUCAUGAUAACAACGCGAACCCAAUCUACAGACCACCAUAUAUGCAUCGUUAG